CAGCUCUGGAAGUAGUGGUCUCAAGACAUGGAUUCUACAAUCAGUAACACCAGCAAGCUGGAAAAACCAGUGUCUCUCAUAUGGGGGUGUGAGCUGAAUGAACAGAACAAGACAUUCGUAUUUAAAGUGGCAGAUGAAGACAAGAGUGAGCAUCAGCUGGCUUUAAGGACUGUAUGUCUUGGGAGUAAUGCAAAGGAUGAGUUCCACGUAGUAGAAAUAGUCCCUCAAGUGGUAGAAGGAAGUGCUAACAAACCAGUUCCCAUUGCCACACUAAAGCCAUCUAUUCUACCAAUGGCUACCAUGAUGGGCAUUGAAUUGACUCCUCCAGUUACGUUCCAGCUGAAAUCUGGAUCUGGGCCGGUGUAUAUUAGUGGUCAGCAUGUUGCAUUGGAAGAGGACUACUCCUGGGCAGAGGAUGAAGGUGAGGAGGAGGUGGAAGAGGAAGAAGAGGAGGAAGAAGAGUCUCCACCAAAAGCUGUAAAAAGGCCAGCGGCUUCCAAGAAGGCAGGACAGGCAAAGAAGAAGAAAAUGGAAAAAGAUGAAAGUUCUGACGAGGAAGACAGUCCUGUCAAAAAGGGCAAAGGUGCAGGACGAGGAAGGAAGCCUGCCAAGAAAUGA